CCCCGCUCAAGGUCCGCAAGAGGCCGGCCAAAAAAAUAUAUAUAUGCUGCGGGAGAGGAAACUGCUGAUAAGGAGCACCGAUGAUUUGAUAAGUCACUGUGUGGAGAUAAAAGUCCAAGGUUUUGAUCAGCAGCAGGGAUGUUUGGUACGUUAAAGAGGAACCUGCGACCUGCGCUGAAACAGGCUCAGCUGCUGUCUGGUCUCAGAAACACACAGACACCAUGGAGAUACAAGGUGCAGAUCCGUGCCUGUGCUGCAGCUCCUGCAGCGCUUCACUUACAUCAGGACUAUCUCGAGGUCAACUGCGGAGGGACGCCGAUGCGUUUUAACUAUGUGUGGCUGCGGGAUCACUGCCGCUCCGCCUUGUCCUACAACUCCCAAACAAACCAGAGAAACCUGGACACUGGGAGCAUAGACCUCAACAUCCGGCCAGACAACACAGCGGUGGAAGAUGGCCACCUCGUCCUCACAUGGCCUGAUGGUCAUGUGUCUAAGUACAGCCUUAGCUGGCUGGCUGAGAACAGCUACGAAGGAAAGAAGCAGAGCACCGUUCAGCCACGCAUCCUUUGGAACUCAGACAUCUACAAAAGUGCAAACAUACCCUCAGCCAAAUGGGACACGUUUAUGAGCUGUGAUGAUGAACUGAAGAAGUUUCUUCAGAACUACCUGCUGUAUGGGAUCGCUUUUGUGGAUGAUGUCCCAGCUACAGUGGAGGCCACAGAGGCAGUUACCCAGAGGGCCAGUCUUAUCAGGGAGACCACGUAUGGAAGAAUGUGGAGUUUUACUUCAGAUUUUUCGAGAGGAGACACUGCCUACAGUCAGAUGGCCCUGGAUCGUCACACUGACACCUCAUACUUUCAGGAGCCAUGUGGAAUACAGGUUUUUCACUGCCUGAAGCAUGAGGGAACAGGGGGAAGGACAUUACUUGUGGAUGGAUUCUAUGCUGCAGAAAAACUACGACAGCAGUCCCCUGAAAACUUUGAGCUGCUUGCCCGUGUGCCCAUCAGGCACGAGUACAUUGAAAACACUGGAAACCAUCAAAACCACAUGAUCGGCAUCGGCCCCGUGCUUAACGUCUAUCCUUGGAACAAUGAACUUUACCUGAUCCGUUACAACAACUAUGACCGAUCAGUGAUAAACACAAUCCCCCAUGACACUGUUCAGCGAUGGUACGUGGGUCAUCGAGAGCUGACAACAGAACUAAGGCGGCCGGAGAACGAGCUAUGGGUGAAACUGACUCCAGGGAAAGUGAUUUUCAUCGACAACUGGCGUGUCAUGCAUGGGAGAGAGUCAUUCACCGGCUUGAGGCAACUCUGUGGAUGUUAUCUGACCAGAGACGACAUCCUCAGCGCUGCACGCUGCUUCAAUCUGCAGGCCUGAUCCAGGACAGGAAGGUUGCUUCACUUCUGUGCCUUAUUGGUUAGCAAAUAAAAUAAGUUUACUUAGAUUUGCACUGAAAGGCUUCUUCAAUCAGAACAAUCAAACAGGCUUACCCCUGGAACACACUGUAGUUCACUCAUGUUUGUUGUUUGUGUAUCAUUUUACAGUUCUCUCUACAAUUAGAGAACAUGAAUGUCGCCUGAAUUACACUUGAAACAAUUAAAUGCAUAAAUCUUCAAAUGACUUGCUACUGUUGAGUUCAUACAAUCAUAUAGUAUGGUCACAUGAAAUGAUGUAAUGGAGAAUGUGGUUGCACAAAUUACACAAAGGAGCCAGUAAUAUUACCCUUCAGACAGUAGUUUCAGUUUAUGUUAAUGGUCAGUUUUGAGUGAUGGGCAGACACGUAUAGUUAAUAUCUGUGCUACGCAUUCAUGCUAAUGUGGGUCACAUAGUAGAGAACAAAGAAAGAAAGAAAUAAGAGUCUAGAGCCAUGGUAGUGGCUCUGUGAGUGUGAACAGACACAGUGCAUGGAGCUAAAUGCUAACAUCAGCAAGCUAACAAUGCUGAUGUUAACUGUAUCAUAAUACUGUGUUUAGUUUAGGGUGAUAGCAUGCUAAUAUUUGCUAAUUAGCACUGAAUUAGUAGAGGAUGGUGAGAAUAUCAUCAGUUUUUCAAGUAUUUGGACAAUUUUGUAAUUUUUUUCUUUGAGGAUGGCGCCAAAUAAAAUGCUAAGGGAUCACCAGAGUUA